AAAAGUUGACUAAAGCAGAGCCCAGCGGCAGCAAGAGGAGGAGUGCAUCACGUUUUCUUUUUUAAAGUCAACUUUCUGAGUCUGCGGGGCUCGGGAUGAGAACUUAAUUGAUUCCUUCAGGCGCUCUCUUCUUUGUAAAAUUUCAGCUCCUUCGUGCCGUCUGCCACACCUGCCUGCCAAGCUGCAGCUCUGAUGGGCGCGGCUGGGCUCGGAGCCCACAUCUCUGUUUUGACUCGCCUGGGAAAGUUGAGAGAAAAGGCACAAAAGGACUUGGGGAACAUCCCUGCGCGCUCUGCGCCGCAGCCUCACAUUUGCGCAUUGUUCCUCCCGCGGAUCAGUCGCUCUAUCCUGUCAGGAAUUUGAUUGAUGCUGGCUGAAGCAGAUAAGAUGGGAUGGACGAGUUAACAAGCCACAUGGAUUUUUCAGGAGAAAAGGUUGUCACAGAAACCGUAACUUCCUCAACCAGAUUGACGUCUCUCCCACCAAAGGGAACCAGCGGAUCAAAUCACAGGAAUAUGUCCAGCAGUGCUGGAGGGCUGGGCUUGGAGAAAAAUGUCUUAACCCAGAGCAGCGGUGGAACUUACUUUUCUUCAUCCUCUGUGGGUGUGACCGCCAGCAGUUACAGCUCCUCCUCGGGAAUCUAUCUCGGAGGGGACUCCUCCGGAGGAGGCGAGGGAGGGGGGAGCUACAUAGAUGGAGAGGGGUAUGGAAGUGGAGGAGGGGGAGGACGAGGAGGAGGAGGAGGCGGCGGGGGCAGAUAUCUCGUGAGCUCUGUGUCAAAGGUCCGGUCCAGCUCGUCAGGCAGUGCCAGGAGAGGGCAGACUGCUGGCUCAUCAGCAGGCCUGUCGCCAGGUUUCCGGGAGAGGAAGACCAUAUCUAGCCGCUCAGGAGGUUAUGAUGGGAGUUCCAGUGCAAAUUCUUCUCCUGAAUUUACACGCAAAGACUAUGGAAACUACUGCAACAGUAGUACAAGAGGGAGGAGUGAAAGCAGAGAGAGUGAGAUCAGAGCCAGAUUACAAAGUGCCUCCCCCACUGCCGGAAGAUGGGCAGAGCUGGAUGAUGUUAAGAAGUUACUGAAGGGACGCUCCUGCAGCGUCAGCCCCACUCGUUCCUCCUGCGCCUCCAUCACGGUGCCUGUCCCUAAAAAGGCCACAGUGGAGACCAAUACCAUCUCAGUGGCCACUCAGUCGGCAGCAUCGACCUCCCUUGGCUCUGGUGUGCACUCAGGCGGGUUCAACACUAUUGAUAUAGCCGGCCUGUACGAAACACACCUGACAACUGGGCUGCGUGAUACUGGUGUCCAAACCGGCCAGUAUGACGUCACACUAAACUCCGGCCAGUAUGACACAGGUGUCAAAUCCAGCCAGUAUGACGCUACGCUAAGAUCAGGCCAUUACGACACUGGUGUGACAUCAAGUCAUUAUGAUGUUGGCCUUAUGUCAGGCCAAUAUGAUACCGGUCUCAAAUCCGGCCAAUAUGAUACUGGUCUCAAAUCAGGCCAAUAUGAUACUGGUCUCAAAUCAGGCCAGUAUGAUACUGGUGUGAAAUCAGGCCAGUAUGAUAUCAGUCUUAAAUCAGGGCGUUAUGAUACUGGUUUGAAAUCCAGCCAGUAUGACACCACCGUGAGGUCGGGUCAAUAUGACACCACCGUGAGGUCGGGCCAGUAUGACACACUGGACUCCGCAUUUCCUGCUUUUACUUGGUCCACCACCACGCUUCCUUCCUCAUCCAUCACAACAGCCGUCGGCGGUACCACCAGCGCAUACACCUACCAGGCGGGGAACAACAACAGGUCUGGAGUGUCCCCACCUGUCAGCCCAGCUGCUCCUUCGUCCCUGUCAGUUUACGGCUUUCAGAAUAAUCUGGCACCCACCUCUGCCGGUGUGCUCACCACCAGUGGCGCCAACGUAACUACUAACCUCGGAGGGUAUGGGGUUCAGAAGAACGUGUCAAAUAGUGGUGGUGCCGUCACCACUGGAGUCUCUUCAGUCUCUAGAUCCCAAACUGAUGAUGCCUAUAGGAGAGACUAUAAAUUCCAUGUCUCUGAUAAGGAGAACGUUCCAGCCAAGAGGGAUACAGAAACUCUCAUUUUGGCUAAAGACAGCGGCAAGCACUUCACCACCAUCAGCAGCGGUUAUGUAGGAGGAGGUUCGCUGUCAGGAGACUCGAUACAGAAGGAGAAGCUUAUUUCUAGCUACAGCGAGACGGCUCCCAUCAAGUCAGAGACGGGCAACUACUAUGGAUCAUCUGGAGUUCUAAUGAAAGACAAAGCCACCUAUGCAGAGAUUCACAGAGACAGCGGCGUCUUCGGUGGCGGAGGUUUCUGCUGCUGCUCCGACGCGUGCUGCUCCUGGUGGAAGUGGCUGCUGGGUCUGCUCCUGCUCACCCUGCUCCUGCUGGGACUGCUGUUUGGCCUCAUUGCACUGGCUGAAGACGUGAAGAAGCUGAAGAACAGAGUGGCGACCCUGGAGGCCGAGAGUUCGGUCGCUGCAGCUCGGACCAGUCGUUUCUCAAGUUCUUCAAAUGACAUCAACGUGCAUUUAGGUGGUGGAGGUGUAGCUGGAGCUGGAGGUGGAGGUGUAGGUGUAGGUGUAGCUGGAGGUGGAGGUGGAGGUGUAGCUGGAGGUGUAGCAGGAGCUGGAGCUGGAGGUGGAGGUGGAGGUGUAGCUGGAGGUGUAGCAGGAGCUGGAUCUGGAGCUAGAGCAGGAGCUGGAGCUGGAGCUGCAGCUGGAACUGGCUCCAAUACACAAAUCGGCACUGCUGCUGGUGGUGUUGGUGGUUCCACUGGUGGUUUUGGUGGCUCCGUUGGGGGUGCUGGUGGCUCCACUGGUGGUGCUGGUGGCUCCGCUGGUGGUGUUGGUGGCUCCACUGGUGGUGCUGGUGGCUCCGCUGGGGGUGUUGGUGGCUCCGUUGGGGGUAACACCUUUGAUGGGCAUCACACCAGCUUCAGUGGCAGCUCUAGCAGUGCUGGUUCCAGUGUGGGCAGCCGUGUCAGCACCAGUGAUACCAGCUUCAGCAGCGGAACCAGCCACAGGAUCAGUAUAAAUGGACAAUACAUAGAUGAUGCUGUCUUCCAGGCGACCCUGAUGAGGCUGGUACAAUCAGAAAUGCAGUCCCAGACAUUCAAAGCUUUACUAGGAUCGACAGUGCAGGGAGAAAGGGGCCUACCUGGACCUAAAGGGGACACUGGAUUUAAAGGAGAAGCUGGUUUCCCUGGACCUGCAGGUGCGCCAGGUUUGAUGGGACACGCUGGCCCCGAGGGUCCUAAAGGGCAAAAAGGAAGUCAAGGUGAACAUGGAGUGGAAGGGCCACCUGGAAUCCGGGGCAGAGAAGGCCUGUCUGGGCCCAGAGGUGAACCAGGAUCUCCAGGGUUUGGCCUGAAAGGAGACACAGGUCCUCGGGGAGAAGCUGGGGCUCCUGGAUCUGCUGGGGCUGCUGGUCCUCCUGGUCCUAAAGGUGCACAGGGACUCCCUGGUCUUUCUGGGCCACCAGGUCAACCAGGUCCUCAGGGAUUCCGCGGUGAGGCAGGACUUCCUGGCUCUAAAGGUGACAGGGGACUGGCUGGAUUUCAAGGACUCAAAGGUGAAUCAGGUGACAGAGGUGCCAGAGGUCUGCAAGGUGAAGCUGGUUUACCAGGUGUGCCGGGACCAGCUGGAGAGAAAGGCUCCAAAGGAUCUAAUGGACCUUCUGGACAAGAUGGUGCAAAAGGGUCAAGAGGUGAUCAAGGAGCUCCUGGAAUCAGAGGUCCUGUUGGACCUCAUGGAGAUGCUGGCGUUGCAGGAGCCCCUGGGCUUCAAGGACCACCAGGGUUACCAGGAAAUGCAGGCCAACCUGGAGUCAAAGGUGAACCCGGUCAACCAGGGAAGAUCAUUAAUGCUGCUGGCUUGUCAUCUGUUGGAAUCCCAGGAGCACCUGGGCCUGCUGGUCCUCCCGGCCCGGCGGGCUCUCCAGGAUUAUCAGGUCCCAUCGGCCCUGCUGGUCUGCCUGGCCCUGCUGGUCCUAAAGGGGACAGGGGAUAUAAGGGAGAUCAGGGAGAAGCUGCAAUAUCAGCAAGAAUCAGUGAGACGACAUCCCUCAGCAGAACAGAGAUUGACCAAUUAAGACAGCUCUCUGACACCAGACUGCAAGGCCCACCAGGCCCACCUGGGCCUCCUGGCCGUCCAGGUGAUUCAAGACAAGGACCCCCAGGACCACCUGGGCCUGCAGGCCAACCCGGUUAUGGAAGACCUGGACCUAAAGGAGAAAAAGGAGACGCAAGCGUUUCAUCCAGUUCUGGAACAUUUUAUCCCGGACCACCAGGACCUGCUGGGGAGCCCGGACAAAGAGGAUCCCCAGGUUCUCCUGGACCACGUGGAUACCAAGGCCCGCCAGGCACCCCAGGAGCAGCAGGAGUUUCUCUGGGAGGAAGCAUGAUUCCUGGACCCCCAGGUCCAGCAGGACCUCCUGGACGUCCAGGACCACAGGGAGUCAAAGGGGAACCUGGAUUUUCUGGGAGUUCAGGAUCCGCAAGAGCCACCCAAGGCCUGCCAGGCCCCCCUGGUCCUCCUGGUCUUCCUGGCCAGCCGGGCUCCUUUGGCUCUUCUGGCGAGAUGCAGCGGUACAUGACAGACUAUUUGAGUAGAUUCAGGCAGAGUGGUGUUCAGGGUCCUCCAGGUCCACCUGGGCCUCCAGGACAACCUGGCACCUCCUCCGGCUCUAUAGAAGACCUCUCCUCUCGUAUCAUCACACACCUCCGACGCUCAGAUUCAGGCUUGAGACUUGGUGGUCAGGGUCCUCCAGGUCCACCUGGGCCUCCAGGACAACCUGGAACCUACUCAGGCUCUAUCGAGGACAUGUCUGCUCGUAUCAUCGCAUACCUCCGACGCUCAGAUUCAGGCUUUGGCCUUGGCGUUCAGGGACCUGCAGGACCACCUGGUCCUCCCGGUCCUUCCUCUGGAUCCUUCUCAGUCAGUACUCUUAUCGCCAUGCUUCAGAGAGAAGAUGUGAGGAGAUACGUGUCUGGGCCACCAGGGCCACAAGGACCACCUGGACAGCCAGGAACAUCAGCAGGACUGUCAACCGUUUACAGAAUUGAGGAGGUAGCUACUUACGUCUUCAACAUCAUGAAUGAGAGAGGAAUUGCUAAAGGCCCACCUGGUCCUCCCGGGCUUCCUGGGCCUGCUGGACCUUCAGCUGCAGGAGCUGCUGGCUUCAGUACUGCUGUCAUCGAUUAUUCUGCUCUCAUCAGGAAUCCAGAGUUCCGCUCGUGGGUCAGUUCUGCUGUGCAGCAAGGUCCUCCGGGUCGUCCAGGUUCCCCGGGAGCAGCCGGGCCCACCGGCCCCCCCGGCCCCCCCGGCCCUCAGGGGCCGCCGGGGGUCUCCACGGCCACGGGGUCGGGAGGUGGGAGCCGAGGAUACAGCAUGGAGGAUAUCCAGCGCUACCUGCAGGGUUCUGGGUUCAGAGGACUUCCUGGUCCUCCUGGUCCUGCAGGUCCACAGGGACCCCCGGGUCAGUCAGGCGCUUACGCUGGAACAGUCACCUACAGUGGAAACUUGCCUCGGGAGAGAAUCCACUCUGAAGUUCUGGAGUAUCUGUCCAGUGACAAUGUUCGACGCACCAUCGUCGGCCCUCCGGGGCCUCCAGGUCCCAGGGGCCAGAGAGGAGAGCGGGGAGAGCCGGGUUAUGUCCAGGGCUACGCGCGGAGCCAGAGCUACGCCCAGGGCCACUCUGACGACGGCUCCCAGCAGAGGAUUGAUGUCGGCUCCCAGCAGAGGAUUGAUGUCGGCAGGCUCACUGAGACACUGGAUUACUCCAACGUCGCCGUGAAAGUUACAGACUACAUCAAGAAUCAAGGCCUCCUGCAAGAGUAUCUGGUAGAAGGUCCUUGGAGGUCGAAUGUGCGAGCUAUUCAAGGCAUUCCUGGUCCACCUGGCCCCCCUGGACCACCCGGUCAGACUCGCGUCAUCGGCUCCUAUGGCAACGUGACAGCGGACCUCAUGGAGUUCUUCAGGACCUACGGGACCAUCCCUGGUCCUCCAGGAUACCCAGGACCAAGGGGAGAGAGAGGCUACCCUGGACCCAAAGGAGACAAGGGUGAGCCAGGACGCUCAGGAUUACCUGGAUUACCAGGAACAUACAGCGUCCAGAUUCCACACAACGUGCAGGAGAGGGAAGCAGGAACAUACAGCGUCCAGAUUCCACACAACGUGCAGGAGAGGGAAGCAGGAAGUGACGUGGUGGGUCAUCGUCAGACGCAUCGCCGUCACGCCAGCAGCGGCUGAAGGGCCGACGCACUACUUCAUCACAUUUCUUUCAGCUUUAUGCAUUUUUUUUUCCCUUCCAAGUGUUAACAUGUAUCAAUGCAAGAGGUCAGACAUGUUCUUUAUUGAUGUUUUUUAUAGAAAAGUCAGCUUAAAAAAAUAAAUAAAUGCACAUUAGUUUCUUUUAAAAGGCUUAAAUAGAGCUGCUGGUCCAUGUUUUUCUAGCACAGGCUUCAAGCGUUGACAUGUGGGUGUAUAUUGUUUACUUUGCUUACUUUUAAGCUUGCAUAUUUUUUUAUUUUUUAUUUAGAAUAGUCGAGCAUAAUUAGCACUAGCAAUUAUUUUAAUUGCAUCUUCUUCAACUCAGUGCCUGGUGUACUUAAAAAAAAAUUAUAUAUAUAUUUGCUUUGAGGAUUAUAUUGUAUUGAAGACUAUACUAGUGUUAACAGCAUCCUGUACUCAUUCACCCCCCCAAAAAUUACAAAACAAUUUACUCCUGCAUUUAAUGCAUAAAGCAAACAUUAUGUAAACCUGGCUCAGUCUCAGUCAGAGUGAGGGUCAUUUUGGAUUUUUUGCUCAGUUUUCCUGAAGGUUUUGUUGGUAAAAGAAUCAUGUUUGUGUGACUGAGACAGCGAAUCAUAUGAUCGGUAAGACGUGACUGAUUCAGUUGUGUAUGUGUUUAAAAAAAACAAGAAAAAAAAGCAAAAAAAAGCAAAAGCAAAGCACUGAAUUUGAUAUAUUUUCUAUAUAAUUUUAAGUGUUGAAAAUAUUAAAUUAUAAAAUGUU